AUGGAAGCAUUAGAGUACAAGAAGCAACAUCCAUCGAUUUCACUUCGUCGUCUCAGACAAUUAUUUAACGUACCAAUUGCAACAAUGAGUAAACUUAUCAACAACAAAACACAAGUGGAUUCAGUUGUUGGAAGACAGACCUACUUUACAAUGCAAGAAGAAGAAGAAGAAUUGAAGAGAUGGGUUUUCGAGAUGGUCGAUCAUGGAUUUGCAGUGUCUUCUGAUUUAUUGAUAUUCAAGGCGCAAGAGAUGUAUCAAGUAAAAUAUAACACUAAAAAACGGAUCUCUUAUGGAUGGUAUCAAACAUUUAGAGAAAGACAUGCAGACGUUGUUAUGCGUUCACAAGACCACAUUUCCUUAAUGAGAAAAAAGAGUGAAAAUCCUUCCUUGGUUAAGCAAUUUUUUAGAGUAUUGGAAGAAUGUAUUGAACAUAAUCAUCUAUUACCUAAUCAAAUAUUUAAUUGUGACGAGACAGGUAUUGUUCGGACUAACAGUACGAAGUUUACACUUGCCAAAUUAGGAAGUCGAAAUGUGAGGAUCAAUGUUCCUUCAAACAGAGCUUUGUCUUCAAUCCUUGUAUGCUGCAAUGCUGCAAGAAAUGCUCUUCCUCCUUUCUAUAUUCACCCUGGAAAGUCGAUCAAGUUUGACUACUUUAAUAAUAAGAUCCCCGAUGCUUGUGUUGGAGUUUCAUCUAAAGGUUAUAUGACAGCCAGUUUAUUCAAACAACGGUUCCACCGACACUUUUUGAAACAUUGUGGUAGUCACAGACCUGUGUUAUUGUUAUUGGAUAGCCAUGCCAGUCAUGUCGAUUUGGAAGUUUUGAAAAUAGCAAAAGAUAAUAAUGUCAUAUUAUUUGCUCUUCCACCACACACCAGCCACCUUUACCAACCUCUAGAUGUUGCAAUAUUUCAUCCUCUUAAAUCAGCAUUUGCAAGAUUAACCAGUGAAUUCUUAACUACAAAUCCCAAUGGUGAACCCACCCACAAAUUUGUGGAAAUGUUAUACGACGCUCAUGAACAAGCUGUGAACAAGACAAAUAUUAUUCAUGGUUUCGCUGCUUCACGUAUCUACCCUUGUGAUGCAAAGCAAGGAAUUGCCAAAUUACAAAAACCUCAGAUACAAGAGCCCUCGUCACAACCCAGCCCAAUUUUUAAGGAAAUUUUGCAAGUCCCAUCUCAACCACCACUACAAAAGAUUAAUACUUCAGCAAGUGGUGAAAGCAUUAACUUUAUAUUGUCCUCCAAUGAGUUAUUGAAAUUGCUCAGAAAACUGUGGACAAGGAAGGAAAAAGAUAAACAAGAAAAAGAGGAGAAAAAACGUAAGCGUAUGGAACACAAAAAGGAAAAGGAAGAAGAGGAUGCAAAACGAAAAUUAUUGAAGGAACAGAAAGCUAAUGCAGUAUUUUGUCGUUGUCAUCAUGCGUGUUUGACAAACAAAUCAUGUCCUUGCAAAAGCGCAGGAAAAGCAUGCACUGAAUAUUGUUCUUGUAAAGCCAAGUGCGGAAACAUUAACACAUCAGAUACACCAGGCGUAUCAGCACCAUCUAAUUCCAAUCACAUGUAUGGUUAUGAAUCAACAAAUAAUGUUGUAGCAUCACAAUCAACAACCCCCUCUACUGAGCCCAUCACUAAUACCACACCGAAAAAAAGAAAGCAAGACGUUAUUGAUGUAGAUUCUGGUGAUGAGGAAGCAGCUCAAUGUUGUUUAGCUGUCAACAAACAUAUCACUUCCUGUGCAUAUCAACAUAACGCUUGUUCUCACAUUAUUCAAAUUAGUCACGCUAAUGGUGUGGUUAAAAUACCAGUGUGCAAACCAGAGCACUACAAAGAUCAGAAUUUUCUCAAAAUAAUUGAGAAACGAUUUCCAAUGGACGUAAAUGAUACAAGUGUUGGUGAAAGUGAAGAUGUUGAACAAGUAUUAUGCUCAGGCGGCACUUUAUGUAAUCAAGGUAUUAACAAACAACCCAAAAGCUAUGGUGGAUCAACUGUUGAUGAUGCAAUUACUAAAUUUUAUACUGAAAAACUGGAACUGUUAUCAAAUGAAAAAAUAGUAGCGGAUAAGGGAUUCAUGAGUUUAGUUAAUAAGGGCAAUUUAAUUCCACACAAGAAAUCGAGAGGAUAUUUAGAAGUUAGACAGAGAGAACAAAAUCGAUUCAUUGCAAAAAUAAGAAUAAUGAUUGAAAAUGCUAUCUGUCAUUUAAAGAAAUUUAAAUGUAUGUCAGAAAAAUUCAGAGCAAAAGGAUCAGCCGACGAAAUUUUGGAAAGUCAUCAUUUUCUUUGCAAAAUAGUUCUCUAUUUAAUAUACAAAUACAAAUAUACUUCUGGAAUUAGAGCCUAUGAAUCUGAUGAUGAUGAAGAUGAUAUUGGUGAUGAUGACACUAUGGAUUGUGAUGAUGAUGAGUGGGAAACAGAAACUGAUGAAUGA